AUGUCCAGCCAGAAUAUUUUCAAACCGAUUCAAGUAGGAAGUGCUCAGUUGAGAAACCGGAUCGGAAUGUCUGCUCUUACGAGGAACCGUGCCGAAGCGACAUAUCCUACCGAACUUAUGAAGGAAUACUACGAGCAACGCGCUAUUGGCGGCGCAGGCAUCAUAGUCACAGAGGGCAUCCUCAUAUGUCGUCAAGGGACACCGUGGCCAAACGCUCCCGGACUCUGGGAUGAUAAACAUGUUACCGGUUGGAAAGCCGUGACUGAUGCCGUUCACGGGGCAGGUGGAAAGAUUUAUGCGCAGCUUUGGCAUGCGGGACGGCUUUCCCAUCCUGAUACGCCAGAACAGAAACUCGCUGGCGAGCCUGUAUACGCGCCAUCUGCAAUUGCUGCUAAAAGCCACGUUAGAUUCCGCCAAAUACCUGGAGAACCUGGGACAGUUACACCCACAGCUGUUGACGAUCCUCGGAUAUUGAUUGACAAAUACCGCCAUGCUGCGAUCAACGCCAAAAGGGCUGGCUUCGACGGGGUUGAAUUGAUGGCAUCUAGCGGUGUUCUUCCACAUCAAUUCCUCGACUAUAACAGCAACCAGCGUACUGACGAAUGGGGAGGUAGCAUUGAAAAUCGCUCAAGAUUCGGCAUCUCGGUGCUAAAGACUUUGAAGGAGGUCUAUGGUUCAGAUGUCGGCCUGAAGCUUAAUCCUGGUGCAGGAAUUAAUGAUCUCGGGAUGCCUCUGCAAGACACACUUGACACCUUCUCUUAUUUUAUAACUGAAGCUGACAAGCUGAAUCUUGCAUACAUUGCCCUCGUACGGUACAAUGCAGUGCAUGACGCACUUGUGAACGGGACAGCUCGAGGAACUGAUCAUGACGUACUCGAAUCCUAUCGUUCUUAUAUCAAGAACUCAAAGCUAUUUCUCAACUCAGAGGUCACACCAGAUGAAGCAGAGGAACUCAUCUCGGCCGGAAAAAUCGAUGGAACUUUCAUAGGACUAAGGUGGGCCACCCACCCAGAUCUCGUGAAGCGUAUAGAACAGGGUAUUCCACUGAAUAACCCUCCAAAAAUGCAAUUACUCCAAGCCACUGCGAGCAAAGAAGAUUAUGCCAGUGGAUAUACGGACUACCCCACCGCCGCGGCCGCUGCGUAG